GGGCCCCGGGAGGCCCUGCUGGCCGCCGGCGCCGCAGAGCGCCUGGCGGCGCUGGCGGCGGCGGGCGCGCCCCGCGGCGCCGCGGCCGCGGCCCAUCAUCGGGGGCCCCCCGACGGUGUGGUAACCGCACCGCGUGGUUUUGUCCAUGGGGAGUCCUGCAGCGCGUUGGUCUACGCGGUCGCGCUGGAGGCUUCGGGCUUCGAGGUCCGCCCUGGGCAGCGGUGGCGGCGUUCGAGGAGAGGCGUGUUUCCGCGGCGUGCGCCUGCCACGCGCCGGGGGCGCUGGCGGCGGGGCGGGGUGCCUCGGGGCCGUGCCCUUUGGUGCUGCCACGGGGCCGAGGCGGUGGGUGCCCCGUGCCCGAGCGCCGGCAAGCGGGGCGAAAGCAAACGGGGCGAAAGCAAACGGGGCGAAAAUUCGGUCUAA